AUGGAGGAAAUUGGAGGAGUGUUCCCGCCUAUUGGAGGAACAAUCGGAGGAAUGACCCCACCUACUGGAGGAACAAUCGGAGGGAUGAUCCCGCCUACAGGAGGAACAAUCGGAGGAAUGAUCCCUCCUACUGGUGGAAUAAUCGGAGGAAUGAGCCGUCCUACUGGUGGAACAAUCGGAGGAAUGACCCCACCUACUGGAGGAACAAUCGGAGGAAUGACUGGAGGAACAAUCGGAGGAAUGAUCCCGCCUACUGGAGGAAUAAUCGGAGGAAUGAUCCCGCCUACUGGAGGAACAAUCGGAGGAAUAAUUGGAGGGAAAAUUGGAGGAAUGAUCCCGCCUACUAGAGGAACAAUCGGAGGAAUGAUUGGAGGAAAAAUCGGAGGAAGAAUUUGA